AUAUCCUCGCAGAAACAAAAUAAUACUCCGCCGGAGAACUAACAAACGGGAAUCGGUUAGCAAUCCGGCAUUCGACAGUCCACCCGCCGAGUGAGCCUCUCUCUCCCUCUCCGCAAAAGAACUGCGAAGAACGAAAUGGCUGCUGCUGCAGCCCCCUUGUUACAGUCUCCGUCACUGAUCCAACUACCACUCCAAUUCCAAAUUCAUCAUCCACCCUCCUCCUCCUCCUCUCUCUCCUUGCUUUCCCGGGCCGCCAAACUCGUCUCCCACCCCCCGAUUUUCAGGUCUCCUCGGCCUCGCCGUCCUAAUUGCAAACGGCUUGUGCCUUGUUCUCACGCUAACGCUUCUAUACAAGCCCAAGGUUCAUUUGAUCCAGACCUUCGGUCUGUGCUGGAACUUGCCACAGACUCUGAAUUGUACGAGCUUGAACAGAUUCUAUUUGGUCCCAGUUACUUCAGUCCACUGUUGAAGUCAAUAAAAACACAAGCGGAUGUUGAUUACUUCAUGAUUGAAGAAGACCUUGAUGAGAGGGAUGCUUUUAUUGCUACUCUUGAAUCUCGAUUCUUUUUCCUUGCAGCAGAUGCUCGGUCCACGAUAAGGGGUUGGAGACCAUCAUAUAGAAAUGUGUUACUCGGAGUGAGGGCGAAAUUGAACAUACUGUGUUCAAGAAAGUUGUCAACUGAAGACCUAGAGGCAGAGAUUUUUCUUCAUCUGUUGCAGGAAUAUUCAAGUGAUGAAUCAGGAACCCUCCCUAGCUCGUGGGAAAGCUCUAAGCUUGCUAACAGUCAUGGUAGUCUUGAAGUUGGACUCAGUCAUUGGAAGGUGCAGGCUGCUUCUGCUUUAAGAGUUGGAGCUGCUGAGCUUCGUGCAGUUAUCUUAAAGGGUGGUGGUAUACUUACAUUGGGGAAAUUAUACAACUUGUUAGUGAGGAAAUUAAUGGGGAGGGUGUUCGUGGAAGCUGCCAAUUAUCAAAUCAGGAAUGAUGUAAUCAGAAAGGGUGGACAAUUUGCAGCUGUUACCCUCAAGUCCAGAGUGGCGUUGCUCACGGCAAAGCAGGGUGUUGCUGGUGCUGCAGCACGAUACCUGGGGCUUAGGAGCAUGAUGUCGUUUCUUGGCCCAAUGCUUUGGGGAAUAUUUCUUGCAGAUGUUGUCAUUCAAAUGCUUGGAACUGAUUAUGCUAGAAUUCUGCGAGCCAUUUAUGCAUUUGCACAGUGAACCUUUUUGACGACUCCAUCUACCAUAAUUUCUGAAGUCACCACUCGAUGGAGAGGUUACGGCUGUGCCUGUUGUCCCUGAUUCACUAUUUUGAACCUAUGUUAUUAACUAUUUGGUGUUAGAAUACUAUAGCAUGAUCUUACUUGUAUCCUGAUACAUUUUUAUCACUUGCAACAAUGAAUGCGGAGUAAAUGUGAACUGGGUAACCGAUAUCAUGUUGUAAACGUGAAGAUCUGUUACUUCAUAUGAUGAAGCACCUAGAUUUUCAUUGUUGUCACCGUGUUGUUAAGUGCAUAAUAUAAGAUUAUGUAGUGAUUAAUAUUU